AAAUAGUUUGGAUGAACCUGGCAAGGAAGAAAACAAAGGGAACCGAGGUCUCAAACAACCAGAACGUUACCGCUUAUAUAUGUUGGGGUGAGUUAUGACAAACCACAGGGAGUUCUGCAUUAAGAAGUCAGUCAUAUUUUCAGGAUUUCAACACAUCUAACGAAGACAUUGGAAAGUCAACGUAACUAAACUUCAUAGCAUCAAAUUGCUGUUAACUUCAAGAGGAAUUUCAUUUUGGCAAAAAGAAGUCAAGGAGCAAUACCCUGACUUACACUUCAUAGACUAAAAGCAGCAGGUAACGCAGGCCUGGCAUCAUCAUCGUCAUCAUCAUCCUUCAAUUUGUUUCCGCGGGUGUCUUAUCUGAUCUCUGACCUGCUGAGCAGCUACCUCCCCUCUGGCUGGAAAUGGUGUCUGGAAGCUGAGGUGGGCUUCAGGGUGUGGUCGUGGUGGCAGCAUGGGGGAGAAAUGCUAUGUGGGAAGACGGGACCUCGCCUGCGUGCUGUGGUUUUAGCCUUCUUCAGGGCUGCUGCUGGGGCAGGAACAGGAGGGUCCAACCUGAGACGUCACGACCAGAGGCCUUCCCUCACCCUCACAGACUCCCAACAGAAGGCAGCCGCAUUGGAACAAACCGACCCUGCUCACAGAAGUUUGGCCCUGGUGUGGGGACCUUGCCUCAGCUUGAGCCACCAGUGGUCCAGGUGGUGGUCAGCAAUGCCAAAAACCAACACCAGCAGUCGGACAACAUCCUGCCCCAAAUUGCCAACAAAGGGGGCCAAAACAACUACCAAACCCAUCCGGAUGAGAGGCCGAAGCCCACCCAGCAGUUCGCCAUGCGCUUUGGUGCAGCAAUGGAUAAAGUGUCAGUCUCCCGCAACAGCAAGAUUUUUAGCAACAAGGUGGAGAAGGAGAAGUCAUAUGAGGGACAAAGGUUACCUAUGUCCCCUGUAGAGGCACUGAAGAACUUCCAGGAGCGACUGACGCCGUUUGAACAGGAGGAGAUCAUGGACUACGCAGAGAUCUGGUUCAUGGGUUUGGGCUCUCAGAAGAUCGAGGGUUCCCAAGGCACACCGCAGAACUCCGGAUAUGACGACGAGCAUGGAAGCUACAUCAGGGUGCUGCAUGACCACAUUGGCUACAGGUUUGAAGUGCUUGAAGUGAUCGGGAAAGGCUCCUUCGGACAGGUCCUGAAAUGUCUGGAUCACAAAAACAAUGAACUCGUAGCUAUUAAGAUGAUACGCAAUAAGAAAAGGUUUCAUCACCAAGCUCUGGUUGAGCUGAAGAUCUUGGACGUAAUAAAGAGGAAAGACAAAGACAACCUCCACAAUGUCAUCCACAUGAAGGAGUACUUCUACUUCCGCAACCACCUUUGCAUCUCCUUUGAGCUGCUCGGGGUGAACUUAUAUGAGCUCAUCAAAAAAAACAACUUCCAGGGCUUCAGUCUUGCGCUCAUUCGUCGCUUCACCCACGCUCUUCUCAGGUGCCUGCAGAUGCUGCACAGGGAGAAGAUAAUCCACUGUGACCUCAAACCGGAGAACAUCCUUUUGUCACAGCGAGGGCCAGGGAACAUCAAGGUGGUUGACUUUGGAUCAAGCUGUUAUGAACAACAAAGAGUGUACACCUACAUCCAAAGUCGCUUCUACCGCUCUCCAGAGGUCAUCCUGGGUCACCCCUACAGCAUGGCCAUUGACAUGUGGAGUCUGGGUUGCAUCCUUGCUGAACUCCACACAGGCUAUCCUCUUUUCCCAGGAGAGAGUGAAGUGGAGCAGAUAGCUUGCAUAAUGGAGGUACUUGGAUUGCCUCCAAAUGAUUUUGUUCAAUCCGCAUCGAGGAGAAGGUUGUUCUUUGACUCAAAAGGAAACCCCAGGAACAUCACUAAUAGCAAGGGGAAGAAGAGGAGACCCAACUCCAAGGAGCUGUCAGCUGCAUUGAAAACUAAUGAUCCUUUGUUCUUAGACUUCAUCAAAUGCUGCCUCACUUGGGAUCCAACCAAGCGUAUGACUCCUGAUGAGGGGUUACAGCAUGAGUGGAUACUGGAGGGAAAUUUCAACAAGGUCCGGCCAAGAGCCAGGCCAACGGUGAAGAAGUCCUCCGACAGUUCGACCAGCACAGACAACAGCAGCGAGCCCAGUUUACGCAAACAAUCCAACAGCAAGCCUGGGGAGAAGGUCAGCUCAGACAGCAGCCCUGCUGACAAGCUAAAGAGAGAUACCUCAUCAUCAGGAACAAAGAUGGCCCCUGCUGAGCGUCUGCGGCCCAUCGGGGCCUCAGCUGAGGAGGAGGUGUAUGAGAAUGAUAGCCAGAACUCGGCGGACACCAAGCAGCAAGAAGGAGGUGGAGAGAGGCCCGUUCACAUCAUCAUCAAGCCUCAAGAGGAAAUGGGCACAGAGAGGAAAGAUAGCCAGGAAUCGUCUCAGUGUUUGCCUCCUAUCAUGUAACAGUUGAAGGGAUUAAAUUGUUGAAGUGGAAGUAAAUGGACAGUUGAGAGAAAGUUGCAUUUGUUUGGGCCUGUACACACAGAAAAUGUAAAGAUCCUUUAUGCUCUCAUUUGCUACAAACACUGCCAUGUUGGGUUUGUGUCUUCACAAGGACACGAAACAACAUGUUAGAGAUGUCAGAGCUGUUUCAAGCUGGAAAGCAGCUCAGGUUUCCUACUGACGGGUAGGAAAAAAAUCAGUUCCCACAUGCUGUGAAGAAAAUAUUGAUGUAUGGAGGGAACACACUGAUCAUCAGCAAAGAGGGACAUCUUCUAUUUAUUGUUUUAAGUAUACAGUCAUAGCAUAUUAAUUUACUUCUGUGGAACUUUGAGUUUGUAUGACAGUGGAGUCAAGCAACCAGUUGUACUGUUUGUUUUUUUUUUACAAAGGAGUUAGGAUACAGAUGCAGGCAGGCAUUUUGUUUAAAAGUGUCACAAUACAGACAUUACAUAAGAAUGCACAUAUUACAUUUACAUCAUAAUUCAUAGUACAGCAUCAACUUUUUGCUGUCUCUGUCUCCUGUAUUAUUUAAUGAACCCAAUCUUUGCUGUGCAUUGAAAUCUUUAAUAAACAGGUUAGACUUUUUUUCAGCUAUCAUGUUAAAAAUCUGAGUAUGUGACUUUAAAAAGUGCAUGGGUGGUCUUUGUUUUUGCUUUUUUCUUUUAGACAUUUUAGCAUUACUUUCAUGAUGGUUAAAUAUAUGAAGAAUUGUGUGCAAUAAAGGCUGAGCCAAAAAAUUGUUAGUUUUUUUUUUUUUAAUUCACGUUAUAGAAAUAAUUGUCAUGUACUUUUUAAUUGUUGAAUGCAGUUGAUGACAUAUUGAUUAUUAAUGAUUUCACUUAUUUAUUAUGGAAAAUAUUUGAUCCUAUGUUUCAUAUUUGUUCAACAAUUUAAUUCAACAAUCAUAAAAUAUGUAUUUGUAAUAGAACUUUAUUGUAUAUAUUUCUGCUGUAAUUUCCUAUGUAUGUGUAAUACAGAACAUAUUUUAAGAGAAUAUUUGUUGAGGGUUUAGACAAGGUUUUACUUGUUGUGUUGUUUCUGUAUGAAAACAUUUUGUAUGUUUGUGUUACACAUUUUUUUAUAUUAGAAACAAAAAGACAAUCCUAUUAUUGAUAGUUUGUGCCUUGCAGUAUUAGAAAUCUUGCACUUUACUCUUGUGUGUGUACAUCUGGAUUAGAAACCAUUGGAUUCUUACCGGUCACACAGACAAGGGUUCAGAUUACCCCGCCAGGAUCCCUUUUAUUGGACAAAAUGAUGUCACAUCUGAUGUUACAGAACACAAUGACACAAUUGU